AUGCUUUUGAGUCUAGCUAGCUUUAUUUUCUUGCUAUUGUUCUUCUGUUUAUCGACGGCUACUCAACAAGCGCUCACCGUGCACAAUGGAUCGGAGGUUCACUUGCACUGUGCCCCAGCCGAGUUGUUUGCUCGUACACAUAUGGCUCCGGAUUUCGAGAGUCCUCAACUCAUUCGCUCACUCGAUUGGUUUCACGAUGAGUCACUCGUUGCCUCGUUUCGGAGUCGAAACGGAUGGGCUGGAGAGAAAUGGGUGGCCGGCAGUCGAUUGCAACUCGUUUCCCCGUUUUUCUCGUUGAGACUGUCACCGGUGAAAGUCGAGGACUCAGGCCUUUACUCGUGUCGCUUCGAGACAGAUCCCCUCUUCCAAGCCAUUCAAAAUCAAGCGCAAACACUUCUAACAGUCAUUGUUCGUCCCGUACCUCCAUCGGCUCCAAUGGUCAAAUCAUCUUCCCCCUCAUCAGCCACUCUCUCAUGGACCCAUUCAACCACUCAAGCUCAUCGACCAAUCCUCAGAUAUUCAGUUGUCGUUAGAUCCGUCACUGAUGGCGCUCGUUUUGUAAUCGCGGCUCCAUCAAACGCGACAACGGUGAUUGUUGAUAAUCUCACGCCUGAUACUGAAUAUGCCUUCUCGGUUCGCGGAGAAAAUGCGGCCGGUAGCGGGGAGUUUGGGCCAGAGACCAACUUUGUUACGCUUGGAAUUCCUCCAUCAACCCCACCAACAGCUCGUGUUGGCAAUUCGACAUCGCGAUGUGUUUCCCUCGUUCUCACCGGCCCACUCCCCGCCUCAACCCAACAUCUCCUUCUCUCACUACGGCAUCCCAAUGAAACACUUUUUAAAGAAACCAGGCUUGAUAAAACCAUUCGACAUCAUCAAAUUUGCCAACUUCACCCCUUUUCCAUCUACAAUCUCUCCCUAGUUUCGGUGUCUCCGCACGGUUCAUCGCCGCCAUUCUCGGCUAAUUUCGAAACAGAUCAAGAAGUGCCCGGUAGUGCUCCACGAGAACUACGGGUGGAGGGAGUGUAUGGUCGUCCAUCUCUCAUAGUCUCAUGGGCUCCUCCUCUACAUCCAAAUGGUGUUCUCACCACGUAUCAUAUUUAUCAAAAAGUGGCUGCAACUGGGAAAUGGAAGGCGGAUGUCUUAAAGAUCAAAGGCCGCGAGGAGAAGCAACGAUAUCGGAUUGAGAUCAAAGGGCUUUUACCGGCUACGAGAUACUCGAUUCGAGUGAGUGCUUCAACAAUCAAAGGAGAGGGUGAGAAAAGCCCCGAGAAAGGAGCCACCACAGAUGUCGCAGCUCCUGAUGUCAGCAAAAUUGAGCACAUUUCGUGGGACACUUGUGGAGACUCUGUGGUCACGUUUUUCUGGAGUGAUGGACCGAAAGAGGCUUUCUAUGCAGUAGAGCUAGAAAGCGAGGAAAAAGUCACUCGAUACAACUCAACAAAUCCUAAGUUACAAGUGACCGGUAUCCGCCAGAUGCGAGAGUAUUCGGUGAAGGUGAAAACCUCUUUGAAAAGCCUUGUCUCUCCACACAAAACCGUGGACGGAGAUUGGAGUCGCACUGAACGUUUCUCAUUGAAUCCUGAUUGUGCCAUUUAUUCGACGGUAUGCCCAGCGACGAGUCGUCUUCGCUGUCUUCCACUAGCACAGUCCCUCCCCAGCACCUCUCAGCCAUUCUCCCCGGUGAUCGUCUUCUCUUCGAUUCUCUUCUUUUUACUCCUCAUCCUGUUGACCGUGUUUUUCUUGAAAAGAUUCCAUCGAUGUUUUGGCGUCAAGCGAUUAUUAAAAAAACGAGAAAAGAGUAUUUACGUCGAGGAAUUAAAUCCAUUAGUUUAUGAUUCGAUUGGUUGCGAGAAGAUUCCGGUGGAGCUUUUCUAUGGAUAUUGCGAGGAUUUAGCGAGAGAAGAUGGACUAAAAUAUCGAGGGCAGUUUGAGCAAAUCGAACGCAUGACUGCCGACUGUGGAGUGACCAGGGAGAGCCUAGUGAAAUAUGCCGACAAAAAUAGAUACGCAAAUAUUGGAGCGCUUGAAACGAGUCGAGUUCGGCUGACGGGGGCAACGAGUGACUACAUCAAUGCUAAUUAUGUGGAUAGUUGCGAAAAGAAAAACGCCUACAUCGCCACACAAGCUCCACUCGCGUCGACGAUCGGCGAUUUCUAUCAAAUGCUUUGGCAAGAGCGCUCAAAUAUCGUUCUCAUGAUUGCCAAUAUUGAAGAGAAUGGACUAAAAAAAUGCGAUCAAUACUGGCCGACGUCCUCUCAUUCCACUGAAUCCUAUGGAAACUUUCAGGUCUCGUUGAUCUCUCAAACAUCAUGUGCUCAUUUCGUGCACCGUAUACUCUCGGUGAAGAUCUCGAAAUGUGUACCACAGACCGAACGCCGGCUUCAUCAACUACAAUUCUUUGGCUGGCCCGAUCACGGAGUUCCCACAUCUCCAUUCCCAUUGCUCUCCUUUGUGCACGCUGUCGCUCAAAUUCACUCCACUGGGCCAAUCGUUGUCCAUUGCAGUGCGGGUGUCGGUCGCUCAGGCUCUUUCAUCGUGAUCGACUCGAUGCGUCGUCGCCUUUUAUCGAAUCGUUCGCUCAACCUCAUGGGCCAUCUUGCACACAUCAGAAAACAACGAGAGAGAUUGGUGCAAAAUGUGGAGCAAUACAUGUUCUGUCAUGAAGCAGUGCGGCAAUUGAUCCGACACGGGAUCACUCGCAUUCAAGCCUCUCUCUUUACAAAAUAUGUUCGCUACUUAGCCGAAGCGAACGCGAAUGGUCGCUCGCGAAUUCUCGCACAAUUUGAGGAUCUCUGCAAGUGUUCUCAUUCACCACACUGUCCACCAUCAGCAGACUAUCUCAUUCUUCCAGGUUUUCAUCGACUCGACGAGUUUCUUGUCGGUGGAUGGUCGAACGAGUGUGACGAUUUGUGGAGAAACGUUUGGAAGCACGCCGUACACACAAUUCUUCUAAUUGGUAACGAGAAAGAUUUCUGGAAAGGUCAAGAGAAAUUCGAUGACAUAUCGCUAGUGCGUGAUGACGACACAAUGCUGCUAUCGGAUGGAGAGCAACAGUUAAAAGUCCGACUGUUAUGUAUCGAAAAGGAAGAUUUCGAUGCCGACACAUGGGGUCGAAUAGAAGCUGUUCAAUCGGAACGGCUCUGCUCACAUCAUCGACCAUUGAUGGUGGUUGCACCGAGUGAAGAGAAAGAGGAAGAGAAAGGAGAGGGGAAAAAGUUGGCCGACUCCCGAGCUUUUCUCUUUUGUGCCCUCACCGGAUUGGCUUGUCAAUUUGAGCAACAGGGAUGUCUUGACAUCAUUCAAAUGAUCACUUUAUACUCUCAUGCACAAUGCGGAAUUUGGAAAUCCUCUAAAGACAUCGAGUUCAUCUAUGAGCGAGCUCUUCAGUUAAUUAUGUUAGCCAAUUCC